AUGGCCAUCUCCUCAGGCACGAGGUACAGCGUGUGCCUGAAGGGAGCUGUCUUGUCCCCAGGAGUGGGUCCCCUGGGCUCUGAGAGGCCCGCAGACUCUAUCCGCCUUCAGACAGCGGAGGGGGUCUACAUCCCUGAGGCUUCAGCACAGCUGGGGAAACUGAGGUCCAAGAGCAGGACCCGUGGCCCUGGAGGCGGGAUCCAACGCAGCCGAGGCCUCCCGGUCAGAAGGAUCAUCGAAGUGGACUGUGUUACCAGGCCAGUGCCCACACUGGGGGAUCAGACAGGCCCCAGGCAGUCGUGGGCCAGUGGACCCCCAGCAUCAGAACCCUCCGGCCUGGCUCCCACCUCAGGGGAGCCUGCCAAGGCCGCAGCUGCCCAGCACCAUGCCACCUCAGGAGGAGCCAUGGGGUUCUGGGUCUGGGUCCCCGGACACUGUCCCCUUCCUGGGCCGUUCCUGCUCCCACCACUGCUAUUGCUGCUAUUGGCAUCUGGUGGGGCCCAGCUUCCGGCCAGCAGGGUGAGCGCUGACCCCUCACCAGAGGACAUCGGCCUGCCUCCCCAUGCCCACUCGGUCAAAGUGCCUAACUGGACAGAGUCCCCGCAACGCAACACCACAGUGACCCCAGGAGCCCCCACAGUCCCGAGCCCAUCGGGGGCCCCCUGGACAUCAGUGACACCCUCCACCCCAGCAGCAAGCACUUCUGAGGCUCCAGUGGAUGGGCAUCGUGGAGAGGGACCCAUCCCCACUCCUAGGGGGGACUUGAGCAGCACUGAGGACCGAGUGCUCACGGAGGAUGGACAGACCUGCAGGUUCCCCUUCCGCUACGGUGGCCGCAUGCACCAAGCCUGUACCUCUGAGGGCAGUGCACGCAGGAAGUGGUGUGCCACGACUCACAACUAUGACCGGGACCGCUCCUGGGGCUACUGUGCCCCCACCACCACCAGGCCUCUGGGGGACCCAGGCACGCUGGACCCCUGUGCCUCCAGCCCCUGCCUCAACGGGGCCUCCUGCUCUAGCACUCAGGAUAGCUCGUCCUAUCUCUGCUCCUGCCCCAUGGCCUUCACCGGCAAGGACUGCAGCCAGAAGAAGUGCUUUGACCGGACGCGGUAUGAAUACCUGGAGACAGGAGACCACUGGGCCCGUGUGCACCAGGGCCACGUGGAGCAGUGUAGCUGUGCCGGGGGCGAAGCUCAGUGCCAGGAUACGCGGCACACAGCUUGUCUGAGCAACCCCUGCUUGAAUGGAGGUACCUGCCACCUGAUUGUGGCCACCGGGACCACCAUCUGCGCCUGCCUGCCGGGUUACGCUGGUCGGCUUUGCAACAUCGUGCCUGCCGAGAGCUGCUUUCUGGGCAAUGGUACCCAGUACCGUGGUGUGGCCAGCACAGCAGCCUCUGGCCUCAGCUGUCUGGCCUGGAAUUCGGAUCUGCUCUACCAGGAGCUGCACGUGGACUCAGUGUCUGCCGCUGCACUGCUCGGCCUGGGGCCCCACGCCUACUGCCGGAACCCUGACCGGGACGAGAGGCCGUGGUGUUACGUGCUCAAGGACAACAUGCUCUCCUGGGAGUACUGUCGCUUGGUGGCCUGCGAAUCCUUAACCAGAAGACAGCCGCCUUCCACCCCUGAGGUCCUGCUGACCAUGCUGGAACCAGCAGCUCCUGGUGGGCGUCGGACCUGUGGCAAGAGGCACAAGAAGAGGAAUUUCCUACGACCCCGUAUCAUUGGGGGCUCGGCCGCCCUGCCUGGCUCCCACCCCUGGCUGGCUGCCGUCUACAUUGGGGACAACUUCUGUGCUGGAAGCCUCAUUCAUACCUGCUGGGUGGUGUCUGCAGCCCACUGCUUCUCCAACAGCCCCCGCAAGGAGAGCGUCUCUGUGGUCCUGGGUCAGCACUUCUUCAACCUCACCACGGAUGUGACGCAGACAUUUGGCAUUGAGAAGUACAUCCCGUAUCCCCGCUACUCCGUGUUCAACCCCAGCGACCACGACCUCGUCCUGAUCCGGCUGAAGAGGAAGGGGGAUCGCUGUGCUGUCCGUUCCCAGUUUGUCCAGCCCAUCUGCCUGCCCGAGCCCAGCAGCUCCUUCCCCACUGGACACAAGUGCCAGAUUGCUGGCUGGGGCCACAUGGGAGAGAACAUGAGCAGCUACUCAAGCUCACUGAGGGAGGCCCUGGUUCCACUUGUGGCUGACCAUAAGUGCAGCAGCCCCGAAGUAUAUGGUGCUGACAUUAGUCCCAACAUGCUCUGUGCUGGCUACUUUGAUUGCAAGGCCGAUGCCUGCCAGGGGGACUCAGGGGGCCCCCUGGCCUGUGAGAAGAAUGGAGUGGCAUACCUGUAUGGCAUCAUCAGCUGGGGAGAUGGCUGUGGACGAGUCAACAAACCUGGCGUCUACACUCGCGUGACCAAUUAUGUAGACUGGAUCAAUGACCGCCUUCGACCCCCCAAGCGGCCUGCAGAUUCCUCCUAG